CACCUCUAGGAAAUCUCGGGGCUGUGCUCUAUCGCAAGUGCACGUCAGGGUGCUGCUGGAUCACCCCACAACCCCGAAGUGCUGGCGUCCGAAUGCAUUUUCUUUCCCGUUGCUACAAGAGUCGUGAACUUCAAACCCCCCAUCCGCCGAGACGGAUUAUUAAUCCUGCUUUGCAGGAAGGGAAAACCCUCAAUCCGCGGCCACCGGCCACCCCUCUCCGGAGCCUGCAAUCGCUGGGGCGCUCGAAGUCGGUAGGAAGGGGACGCUUUGGGAAUGACCACGCUCCACGGAGGGACAGAGCCGGCCCCCAGCUUCUCUGCACAGAGUCUUCUCCAGUAAAGCUCCCAAAAUCAAAAACCUUCAUUGCCAGAAGAAGCAUUUAAAAAAAAUAGUCCAGCCAGAACCCUCACAUGCAAACGGAAUAAUUACUCUGGAUUCUGCAUUGUGAGCUGCUCUCCAUAUCCCGAAUUACCUUUGAAUCCAGUCUUUUUUUUUUUUUUUCUUUGAAUUUGCAUCUCUUCAAGACACAAGAUUAAAACCCAAUUCACGUUAAAUUGGAUUUUAAAUUAUCUUCCUUUCAUUUAUCCUUCAUUUUUCUCAUGUGGAUAUGCAAGCGAGAAGAGAAGACUGGACAUUCUCAACAUGCUUACUCCCUUAAUCUGUGCGUCUAGAGGUUUGGCUUCUACAAACCAAGGGAGUCGACGAGUUGAAGAUGAAGCUCAGAGCAGAGUGCUGUUCUCCCAAGUUCUGGUUGGUGUUGGCUGUCCUGGCCGUAUCAGGCAGCAGAGCUCGCUCUCAGAAGAGUGCCCCCAGCAUUGGCAUUGCUGUCAUCCUCGUGGGCACAUCCGACGAGGUGGCCAUCAAGGAUGCCCACGAGAAAGAUGACUUCCACCAUCUCUCUGUGGUGCCCCGCGUGGAGCUGGUCGCCAUGAAUGAGACCGACCCAAAGAGCAUCAUCACCCGCAUCUGCGAUCUCAUGUCUGACCGGAAGAUCCAGGGGGUGGUGUUUGCCGAUGACACAGACCAGGAAGCCAUCGCCCAGAUUCUUGACUUCAUUUCCGCCCAGACUCUCACCCCCAUCCUGGGCAUCCACGGGGGCUCCUCUAUGAUCAUGGCAGACAAGGAUGAAUCCUCCAUGUUCUUCCAAUUUGGCCCAUCCAUUGAACAGCAAGCCUCUGUAAUGCUCAACAUCAUGGAGGAAUAUGACUGGUACAUCUUUUCUAUUGUCACCACCUACUUCCCCGGCUACCAGGACUUUGUCAACAAGAUCCGCAGUACCAUCGAGAACAGCUUCGUGGGUUGGGAGCUAGAGGAAGUCCUCCUGCUGGACAUGUCCCUGGAUGAUGGAGACUCUAAGAUCCAGAACCAGCUCAAGAAACUGCAGAGCCCCAUCAUCCUUCUUUAUUGCACUAAGGAAGAAGCCACCUACAUCUUCGAGGUGGCUAACUCAGUUGGGCUCACUGGCUACGGCUACACGUGGAUUGUGCCUAGUCUGGUGGCAGGAGACACAGACACUGUGCCCUCGGAAUUCCCCACUGGGCUCAUCUCUGUGUCCUAUGAUGAAUGGGACUAUGGCCUCCCUGCCCGGGUGAGGGAUGGAAUUGCCAUCAUCACCACCGCUGCUUCCGACAUGCUGUCUGCACACAGCUUCAUCCCCGAGCCCAAGAGCAGUUGUUACAACACCCACGAGAAGAGAAUCUACCAGUCCAACAUGCUGAAUAGAUAUCUGAUCAAUGUCACUUUUGAGGGGAGAAAUCUGUCCUUCAGUGAAGAUGGCUACCAGAUGCACCCGAAACUGGUGAUCAUCCUUCUGAACAAGGAGAGGAAGUGGGAGAGGGUGGGGAAGUGGAAAGACAAGUCCCUGCAGAUGAAGUACUACGUGUGGCCCCGAAUGUGUCCGGAGACCGAAGAGCAGGAGGACGACCAUCUGAGCAUUGUCACCCUGGAGGAAGCCCCAUUUGUCAUUGUGGAGAGUGUGGACCCUCUGAGCGGCACCUGCAUGAGGAACACAGUCCCCUGCCAAAAACGCAUCGUCACUGAGAAUAAAACAGAUGAGGAACCAGGUUACAUCAAAAAAUGCUGCAAAGGGUUCUGUAUUGAUAUCCUGAAGAAAAUUUCUAAAUCCGUGAAGUUCACCUAUGACCUUUACCUGGUGACCAAUGGCAAGCACGGCAAGAAAAUCAAUGGCACCUGGAAUGGUAUGAUCGGAGAGGUGGUCAUGAAGAGGGCCUACAUGGCGGUGGGAUCGCUCACCAUCAACGAGGAGCGCUCCGAGGUGGUUGACUUUUCGGUGCCCUUCAUAGAGACGGGCAUCAGCGUCAUGGUGUCACGCAGCAAUGGGACUGUCUCGCCUUCCGCCUUCCUGGAGCCUUUCAGUGCUGACGUGUGGGUGAUGAUGUUUGUGAUGCUGCUCAUCGUGUCGGCCGUAGCUGUCUUUGUCUUCGAGUACUUCAGCCCUGUGGGUUAUAACAGGUGCCUCGCUGAUGGCAGAGAGCCUGGUGGCCCAUCCUUCACCAUCGGCAAAGCUAUUUGGUUACUUUGGGGCCUGGUGUUCAACAAUUCCGUCCCCGUGCAGAACCCAAAGGGGACCACCUCCAAGAUCAUGGUGUCGGUGUGGGCCUUCUUCGCUGUCAUCUUCCUGGCCAGCUACACUGCCAACUUAGCUGCCUUCAUGAUCCAAGAGGAGUAUGUAGACCAGGUGUCUGGGCUGAGUGACAAAAAGUUCCAGAGACCUAAUGACUUCUCACCCCCUUUCCGCUUUGGGACUGUGCCCAAUGGCAGCACAGAGAGGAAUAUUCGCAAUAACUACGCAGAGAUGCAUGCCUACAUGGGCAAGUUCAACCAGAGGGGUGUGGACGAUGCUUUGCUCUCCCUGAAAACAGGGAAACUGGAUGCCUUCAUCUACGAUGCCGCAGUGCUGAACUACAUGGCAGGCAGAGAUGAAGGCUGCAAGCUGGUGACCAUUGGCAGUGGGAAGGUCUUUGCUUCCACUGGUUAUGGCAUUGCCAUCCAGAAGGAUUCUGGGUGGAAACGGCAGGUGGACCUGGCUAUCCUGCAGCUCUUCGGAGAUGGGGAGAUGGAGGAGCUGGAAGCGCUCUGGCUCACGGGCAUCUGCCACAAUGAGAAGAACGAGGUCAUGAGCAGCCAGCUGGACAUAGACAACAUGGCUGGGGUCUUCUACAUGCUGGGGGCGGCCAUGGCACUCAGCCUCAUCACCUUCAUCUGCGAGCACCUUUUCUAUUGGCAGUUCCGGCAUUGCUUUAUGGGGGUCUGUUCCGGCAAGCCUGGCAUGGUCUUCUCCAUCAGCAGAGGUAUCUACAGCUGCAUCCAUGGGGUGGCGAUUGAGGAGCGCCAGUCCGUGAUGAACUCCCCUACAGCCACCAUGAACAACACCCACUCCAACAUCCUGCGCCUGCUCCGCACCGCCAAGAACAUGGCCAACCUGUCCGGGGUGAAUGGCUCCCCGCAGAGCGCCCUGGACUUCAUCCGCCGCGAGUCCUCCGUCUACGACAUCUCCGAGCACCGCCGCAGCUUCACGCACUCGGACUGCAAAUCCUACAACCCGCCGUGCGAGGAGAACCUGUUCAGCGACUACAUCAGCGAGGUGGAGAGGACUUUUGGCAACCUGCAGCUGAAGGACAGCAACGUGUACCAAGACCACUACCACCACCACCACCGGCCCCACAGCAUCGGCAGCGCCAGCUCCAUCGACGGGCUCUACGACUGUGACAACCCGCCCUUCACCACCCAGCCCAGGUCCAUCGGCAAGAAGCCCCUGGACAUUGGCCUCCCCUCCUCCAAGCACAGCCAGCUCAGCGACCUCUACGGCAAGUUCUCCUUCAAGAGCGACCGCUACAGUGGCCACGACGACCUGAUCCGCUCCGACGUGUCCGACAUCUCCACCCACACCGUCACCUACGGCAACAUCGAGGGCAACGCGGCCAAGAGAAGGAAGCAGCAGUACAAGGACAGCCUCAAGAAGCGGCCGGCCUCGGCCAAGUCCCGGCGCGAGUUCGACGAGAUCGAGCUGGCCUACCGCCGCCGGCCGCCGCGCUCCCCGGACCACAAGCGCUACUUCAGGGACAAGGAGGGGCUGCGGGACUUCUACCUGGACCAGUUCCGCCCCAAGGAGAACUCCCCGCACUGGGAGCACGUGGACCUGACCGACAUCUACAAGGAGCGCAGCGAUGACUUCAAGCGCGACUCGGUCAGCGGAGGGGGGCCCUGCGCCAACAGGUCCCACCUCAAGCAUGGGGCAGGCGACAAGCACAGCGUGGUCAGUGGGGUGCCGGCCCCCUGGGAGAAGAACCUGACCAACGUGGACUGGGAGGACCGCUCGGGGGGCAACUUUUGCCGCAGCUGCCCCUCGAAGCUGCACACCUACUCCCCCGCGGUGGCCGGGCAGAACUCGGGCCGGCAGGCGUGCAUCCGCUGCGAGGCGUGCAAGAAGGCGGGCAACCUGUAUGACAUCAGCGAGGACAACUCGCUGCAGGAGCUGGACCAGCCGGCCGCCCCGGUGGCCGUGACGUCCAACGCCUCCACCACCAAGUACCCCCAGAGCCCGACUAACUCCAAGGCCCAGAAGAAGAACCGGAACAAGCUGCGCCGGCAGCACUCCUAUGACACCUUCGUGGACCUGCAGAAGGAAGAAGCCGCCUUGGCCCCGCGCAGCGUGAGCCUGAAGGACAAGGGCCGGUUCCUGGACGGGAGUCCCUAUGCCCACAUGUUCGAGAUGCCAGCCGGCGAGAGCACCUUUGCCAACAACAAGUCCUCAGUGCCCACUGCCGGACACCACCACCAUAACAACCCCGGCGGCGGUGGCUACAUGCUCAGCAAGUCGCUCUACCCCGACCGGGUCACGCAAAACCCUUUCAUCCCCACUUUUGGGGACGACCAGUGCUUGCUCCACGGCAGCAAAUCCUACUUCUUCAGGCAGCCCACGGUGGCGGGGGCGCCGAAAGCCAGGCCGGACUUCCGUGCCCUUGUCACCAACAAGCCGGUGGUCUCGGCCCUUCACGGGGCGGUGCCAGGCCGUUUCCAGAAAGACAUCUGUAUAGGGAACCAGUCCAACCCCUGUGUGCCUAACAACAAAAACCCCAGGGCUUUCAAUGGCUCCAGCAAUGGGCAUGUUUAUGAGAAACUUUCUAGUAUUGAGUCUGAUGUCUGAGUGAGGAAGAGAGGCGAAGGUGGGUACGGGAGGGUCUGGCUGCGGGCGUGUGGUGCGCAUGUCACGGAGGGUGACAAGGCUGAACUUGGUUCCCAUUUGCUCCUUUCUUUUUUAAUUUAUUUCUGGGAUCCUGGAGUUCUGAUUCCUUCUGAGGGCAAACCCUAGUGACCUGCACCGGCUUUCCUCCCUUCCCCUUCUCUCCUCCUGCCCACCCCGUCUGUCACUCGUUCCUGUUCCCAGGAGAGGACGCAGGGGCUUGUCGCCUGGGAGGGCCCAGUGGCGAAAGGGCGGCACUGCAUGCAGGCUCCCUCCUAGCAGGAAGGACUCUCUCGGCCACUGCAGAGUGACACAAGGAGAAGCAGGAGGCGGCCAUGGGAGCACAGGACAGCUCUUCCCCAGCUGACCUUUAGGUUUAGGAGAGGACGCAGAAGCAUCUAAAAAAGACCGUUCAGCAUCCCGCUGAUGAAUGAGAAGGGCUCGUGCUCAAUUCUUGCUGCUUCGAUGACAUGUUUAGAGGUCGAAUGCCAAGUCCUGGGUGGGGGGGCCAUGUGUGUUUCUAUAGAAGCCAAAAAUGUGUCUGAUUCCAUCCCCAAGACUGACGUGUGCUAAACUGGAAUGAAAGGUCACCGGUGGGUGAUGGCAAGUGCAUCAGAGCAGUGUUGUGUGUGCAACACGGGCAAGAGGAUAGACUGCCUAAGUGUCCAUCCACAUUUGCACACAUGUGGGGGUCACAGGCCUUCUGGUGUGGAGAAGGCACCCUUGAUCUCUGCUGCUGCUUCCAACACUCCUAAGCCACGUGCUUGUUUUGGCUCCUAUACAAACAGAUGGUCGUAUGGGACCUGGGUUUUGGCUGCUUCUCCCUUGAUCCUUCCUGAUUGAGGAGAAUGGAGGUUCUUGAGAGAGAUACAUCUGUGGUCUAGACCACGAGAUGGUGGACAGUCCUGCAAGAACAGGGUACAGAAACCAUUCUCCGCGGUUGCCAAUAUUUUCAACUGGUUUUGGCCAAGAGCUUCCCAGGAAGGGGAAAGGGUCUAGAAGCAGCCGUGAAUCUGUUGCCCACUCUGAGGAGCAAAGGAUUCUAGAAAGCUCUUUGGUGCUUUGGCCAGGAGCUAAGGCUUUUAAGAACAGGGGCAUCAUCUAGAGGUAGGGUAAGUGAGAGAGGGGGAUGUUUUUCAAUGCUUUGAUCCCUUCUUACUUAGCCUGGAGCUGGGAAAGCAGGUUUGUUCCCCCAGAACUGAAUACAGCUGCUAAGGAACAGUGGAGAGGACCGAGCUUGCUCUGUGAGUACAGCUCAGGAGGGGUGGAUGAAGAAAUUUGGAGUGGGGAGAGGAGGGGCUCCCCUGCUGUCCCACAGGGAUCUGGCUCUCUGGGAAUGUGACGUUGAGCCCUUUCCGUAGAAGCCAGUCCAUUUUCCCACAGCUCCCCCUCCCUCCCAGAUCCGACCACGCAAGAAACUAUACAUGCCCAUGAAAUCCCAGGGACGAGGGCACUGGCAGGCAGGGUGCCCCUUCGCUAAAAGUUGGAGACUUGAGAAGGGAAUGUGUCUUUGUCACUGCCGGUCCUGAAACUUGGGGUAGCUGUGUUCUGGGGGUCAGGUCCAUCGUCCUGCUGCUCUCCCCUUGCACAGGGUGGCGACCCAAGAGCCUGGGGGCAGUGUGCAAACUGGACUGCGGGCUCCCCACGCUGCACACGGGAGACAAAACCAGAAAGGUGCUCGUCCUCCUCCAGAAGGAAGCUGCCAUGUCACGCUCGCCAGGGCUGGUCUCUGCCUUCUGCUCGCCCCACCUCACCACCCUUCCUUGGUCCCUGCCCUCCUCCUCAAUUUUUUUUUUUUUUAACCUCAGUAUCUUUCAUUUUAAAGCCAACUGAAGGCCUUGUAAAGCUCCGUUUUCUUUCUAACAUGAACAUGGGGGCAAGGGGCUGAACCUCUCACAGAUCUGGAGAGAGAUGCACGGAGUGCUUUACCUUAGAUGCCAGGAAGGACUUGGAGAGACAGGACAGAGGGCGUGAGGUGGUGUUUCCAGGAGGAAGGAGGAGAAGGGCCACAGAAACUUCGCUGCGCCCUGGCCCUGUCUCAGGUCAGGGGCUCCUUCCCGCAACUCUUCCUCUUACCUCACCCCUUUAAAAUAAAAAACCAAACCAACUAACCUAGCGAACAGCAAUCUAGAACAAACGGGGGCUCUGGCGGUCUCCACUGGUGAUGGAAAUCAAGACGGUGUUUAUUUCAUAUGUAAAUAUUUUGUUUUCUAAUUUUGUAUAGAUAAAGUGUUCUCUUGUGAGUAU